UGCGUUACACUGAUUACUGUUUAGUUCUCACAUAGGAGAUGGAGUGUCGAGUACCCGAGAGCAGGCUAGUGAAAAAAGGAAGUUUCUCCCAGCGGUGUCAACAUCCUUGGCUUUAGCUGCUGGAAUCGGGUUGAUGGAAAUGGUGGCACUUAUUGUUGGAUCUGGCACACUAAUGGACAUCGUUGGUAUACCUGUCGAUUCACCGAUGCGAGCACCGGCAGAACAGUUUCUUACUUUAAGGGCAUAUGGUGCUCCACCAGUCGUAGUAGCACUUGCAGCACAAGGUGCAUUUCGUGGUUUCAUGGAUACAAAGACACCUUUGUAUGCUGUGGUUGCUGGCAACCUAGUAAAUGCAAUACUGGAUGCCAUAUUUAUCUUCCCACUUGGUCUAGGUGUAAGUGGCGCUGCAUUGGCAACUGUAACUUCUGAGUACUUGGCGGCAUUCAUCCUCCUAUGGAAGCUGAAUAACGAACUAAUCCUGUUCUCAUGGAAUGUCAUUGGCAGUGACAUCAUCCGCUACCUGAAAUCUGGUGCCUUGCUAAUUGCCAGGACCAUCGCAGUAAUCCUUCCAUUAUGGCUGUCGACAUCCCUGGCCGCAAGACAAGGGCCUGUUCCAAUGGCUGGCUAUGAGAUAAGCUUGCAAGUCUGGCUAACAAUUUCUCUACUUAAUGAUGCACUGGCUCUUGCUGGUCAGGCUCUGCUUGCAAGUGAAUAUGCGAAAGGGAACUACAAGCAGGCCCGCUUGGUUUUGUACAGGGUUCUGCAGAUUGGAGGUGUCACUGGUCUUGCACUUGCUGCAACCUUGUUCCUUGGGUUUGGAUAUUUGACCUUGCUGUUUACAGAUGAUCCAGCAGUUCUAGAUGUUGCGCAGUCUGGAGUCUGGUUUGUCACUAUUACUCAGCCGAUAAAUGCUAUUGCUUUUGUGUUUGAUGGGCUCUACUACGGUGUUUCUGACUUCGGCUAUGCCGCAUACUCCACACUUUUCGCGGGGGUCGUCGCUUCAGCCUUCCUCCUUGUCGUUGGUCCCAACUUUGGUCUUGGUGGUGUAUGGGCUGGUCUUACUCUCUUUAUGGGUCUGCGAGCAGUUGCCGGGUUCUGGAGGUUAGGGAGCAAAGGUGGACCAUGGGAAAUAGUCUGGUCAAAGACUGAUUAAUAUACCAAGAAUACGUAGGAAGCAUUUUGAGGCAAUCACAGCGCUACAUUUUAAGGUCAUAGUCAUAGUGCAUGACCGUGGAUGUUGAAUGGUUCGAUCUCAAACAGAGCAAGGAUCAGCAGAAGGAAGAAAACCUAGGCGGAUAGUGUCAGUCAUUUGUAACACAAGAAGAGGCACUGUUUUAUCUCAAAAGGAAAAGAGACGAAGAGGGACUGCUUCUGCAGUAGGACAGACGAGAGGCUGCAGAAGGUGGGUAGGUGUUCCCUCUUGCUGUGUCUGCUGCAGGAGGUUGUUUCUCCCUUCCACUGUACAAGGAAGCUGUGUACAGAAGUACUAGAUACACAAAGGCCUCCCAUAUAUUUUUCUUCCUUUGUGCCAUGUAGGAGUGAACUUGCCAUAUUUUCUUCAGAUAUGCAAGUGAACAGAUGAUGGAGUAGUGGCCAUUCUCAGUCA